AUGAAUAAAUUGUACUACGCGUACUCGAGCGAUUCCUGCACGAAGAUCUUCCAAGAGCAAUACCUAUGCAAUGAAGUGGAACUACUAGAAAUCCAAGAAGUCAACCCCUGCACUGUCCAGUUUUUGAGCUUAAAAAACCUUUCCACUUGUCAAAAACACAAUGUUCGCGUCAACCGGCCGAUCAUCAAACAUAUCGAAAAUUCAAAUCAGUGGAUUUUUAUAAUCCCCGAUGAAGAAAAUAUCAAGUUACACUGCCACCAUCAAGAAGAAAUUUUGAAACUCAGCGAAGAACUAGGCUACGUGCUCUAUUCAGCACUGGGCUCAUUCUACAUUCCGUCGUGCAUUAUGGUCUUCGUCUAUAUCCGAAUAUACUUCGCUGCGAAAGCGAGGGCGCGGAGAGGGAUAAGGAAACCGCCCCGAAGACCAGCGCUAGACGCACAAACUAGUUUUACGAAUUCUCCAGUGGCCACGGCCACAAAAAAUGGACACAAUAUCAUAGAAGCGAGCGCCUCUGUGGACCGCAAUAGUAACAACUCGCCGCGGGACGGCGAGCGCCAAAUUGCCACGAUAGAGGCGCCGCCUUCCGCAACACCUAUCUCUAUUCCCACGGUCACCUGCGACUUGGCCAGCGACAUCUCCACAAGCGACAACGCCAACGACCCGCAGGACGGUCAGGAACAGAAGGACACCCUUAAGGUGAUCUCCGCCCCAGCCGCCCGCAGCGGCAACACCCUGGCCGCCUGCCAAUUCCGCGGCUCCACGCUCUCCGUCAACGGCGAGCUCCAACAGCAAGCGGCCGCCCUGGCGCGCGCUCGCCAACCCUCCAUGGGCAUCGACACCGAUAUGGUGAGCGAGUUCGACCCGAGCAGCUCGGACAGCGGCGUGGUGGCCCAGUGCACCGCCGUCAAACCGCUCAAGCUACGCCUCUGCAAGCCGAUCUUCGGGCGGGCGAAGCACGCGGCCGCCGCCAAAAACCGCCGGACUGACGGCGCGGGCGGCAAAAAGUCGCCCAAGGGCGGCGACGGUGAGGUGAAAGCGGUGGUGGAACACGUGGUGCCGCGGGUGCAGAAACCGCGCGACCCCGAAAGGGAAAAACGGCGGAUAGCGAGAAAGAAGGAGAAGCGGGCGACGCUCAUACUGGGACUGAUUAUGGGCUCGUUUAUCGCAUGUUGGUUGCCGUUCUUCUUCAUGUACAUACUUAGACUGGCCUAUUGGAUACCGCCUAUUGCGUUUUCCACAGCCUUCUGGUUAGGGUACAUGAAUUCCGCGCUGAACCCCGUCAUCUACACCAUCUUUAACAAGGACUUCCGUCGCGCCUUCCGCCGCAUCCUGUUCAAGUGAUGUUUAGCCUACGUGUGCUGCUACGAGUGCGUCAGUCGACGGGUUCGAACUGCGCAGUACCGCAGCGCA